GCUCAUCCCGGCAACUCCAAAGUAGCCCAAAAAGGAUUAGGAGGUUGCUGUCACAGUGGCCGGAGCAGACUACUUCAGAGUAACGACGCUACGCAGCUCUGCAUUUUAUUCUUUUAUUGGUGCUGCGUAUUUACAGUGCUAAAGUCAUUGCUAUUUACACGGAGUGAUGUGAUCAGUCGGUUUCAGAACCUCCUAAUGGCUUUUGGCGCGUCUUUCUCCAACACAAAAGCUUUGGCAGACCCAUCCUCUUUCCCCUCCUCUUUCUGCGUAGUUCUGGCGUUGGGGGGAUGGGUCUCCCUCCCUUAUUCGCCCCUUCCUGUCCCGCCUGGGACCCUGGCUCCUCUCCCUUGCCUGAGCCUCGGACCCGACUUCCUGCUUCCCUACUGGAAUCGGAACUCUCUCUGCUUUCCCCUGUGCUCGGUGAUUGGCUUGAACUCAGGAGGGGAGGGACUUCGCGAUAUCCCCUGUCCCUCACAUCCACAAAACUGCCAGAGGCCUUUUUUGGGUGGGGUGGAAGGUUGAGCAGCAGAUGAUUCUUCAUCUGAUGAGUUGAAUACAUAAGUUGCUUUUCUAGCUACAUCCAGGGAAUGUUGUAGUUCCGUAUGAAUAAUAUCAGAAAUCUGAGGUGUAUUUUGUUCACACAGGGCUUUGAGGCAAGCAGACCUGAGCAGCACCUUGUGUAAAUGGUAGAGCUAGGCGAUAACUGAUUUUCAAUAUUGUGAUAUAUCACCAGGUAACAUCAUGAUAUAUCAGUAUAUCAUGGUAUCUGAAAUAAAGAAGGAACAACGUAAAUGUGAACAGGACAAUGUCCUGGCAGCUGCUACUACUUAAGGGUCUAAAACUGAUAAAUGAUGAUAUUAUCAAUCACCUCAUGGUCACUUUCAGCAGCAGGCAAGCCAAAAUGCAUCCCAACAGGACUUUUGGUUUUGGGCUUGGCUACUAAAUGGUGGUAUUCUGGACAAUCCAAAGUAUGGUGAUGAGUCAUAGUGCAUACAAAUAAUCUGGGGCUGUUUUAGAAGGCCAAGAGAAGUGUGAAAAAAGGGUUCCCUGAAUGUAAGAAGUUUGAAACUACAGCUGUAAAGGAAUAUAUUGCAGUCAAUUCAAAGUGGUGCAAAUCUCCUUAUUUACGGUGCAAACGGGUGUGUAGGGCCAGAAUAUAUUCUUUCUGAACCCCUUCCUCCGUCUAGGUUAGAUUCCACAGGAUUCUGUGUAGCAUCUAAAUCAGAGUCUGUGGCUCUCCAGAUGGUGAUGGAAUUCAGCUCCUAUCAUGCUAUUGGUCAUGUUAGCUGGGACUGAUGAAAAGGGGGAACCUGGAUACUGACCUUUAUGAGAGAAACUUUGGCUCUGUGGUGUAGACUGGCAUUUAUCCAGCAAAGGAUACAGUGAAAACAUCAUAACGGGCAUUUGAUGAAGAUCUUAUUCCAGAAUUAGUGCUGAUGGUACAGUCAUGCCAUAUGAAGUGGUGAUUGCUCACUUGGUACGAUAUGCAGAAAAGAAUUUAAAAUCUGUCACAGAGACUGAUUUAUCAAAAGAAAUACAAAUGUCGCUAUAGAUCCCUCUUUCUGAUUAAAUCAAUGUUUCUUUGGUUUCUGUGUUUUAAUAUCUGAAGCUGCAGUUCAGCAUAGGAAUGUCAGGAAUGUUUGAGUUGAGAAAGUUGGCUUAUGGUACUACCGUGUGAAAUUGGUGCACUUAGUGAGAAAACACAGCCAUGGUGGUCUGGAUGGUUGUUUCUGAAUCUCUUCAAACAUAAUUAUGUGAUUUAAGCUAUAUGGUAACCAUGUAGAAAGAAUGUUAUGUUUAUUGGAUGUGUUUCAUUUAGUAGCCCAGGAAUUCCUUCCGGGGCAUAAAUCACUUACAAUUUUAAUGGGGGUGUUAGUUUUGACCUUCUGACAUUUGCAAGGUGGGCAGUAUUGUUUAUGGAACUUCUUAGUGUAUGAGAAUUUUCUGUGCUUUGCUCAGUUGGUUUGCUGUUUUGCUCUUUGUGCCUGUAUAUAUGAGCAGUUCAUAGGCUGGAGGGAGAUUUUCUCUUGAUGUUUAGUAGUCUAAAAUAAGGUUAUAAUCUCAAAUUAGCACAGCAACUGUGACACUGCUUGGAACUACAGAUACAUUUUAAAAGCCAGCUUUCUGACUUGCUAGCCAUUCUUCAGAUAGAUCUCGAGAUAAAUAUUCUAAAAUAGCUACUUUUAGGCUCAGUAUUUAGAGGGUAGUCAUUUCUUGCAAAGUUAUGUCUUGGGAAGGAAGGGAAAGCCUAACUAUUUUUACUGUCUCUCAGGCAGUUUGGCAUAGUUAUUUUAGAUUUCUGGAGUCAGUCUGGCCUCUCUCUGUGCCUUUUCUAUUCUCAUAUUCUGUUUCAAUCUUGUUUUGAGAACGGAAGGAGGUGCUAAUAGUGCUCUGGGCAAGCUCUAGGCUUACAUUAAUAUCUCUUAUGUAGACAGGCCUCAUCUCUAGAAUACAGUUAAUAGUUGCAAUAGUUUGUGGUUGGCCUGAAGAUGCUGUAGGUGUGUCCAGAGCUGUGGUCACACCUGUAUCUUGUGAAGGUGCUAUCCCUGGGACAUUUGCAGGAAAAUACUGAUAUUUUCACUGGAGAUCCCUGUGCCAUGCUGCUGCUUCUGUUGAACAAGCAAGUUAUUUCCCCAUACUUUCCUUUCCCUUUCCCUUGUCCAGAUUUUCAUUCUCUGUCACAAUGUGCAAACUUUUGUGGAAACCCAAUCAUCAUUCAUAGAAUCGUCGAAUUGUAGAGUUGGAAGGGACCAUGAGGGUCAUAUAGUGCAAACCCCUGCCAUGCAGGAAUAUGUUGCCCAACGUGGGGCUUGAACCCAUGACCCUGAUAUUAAGAUUCUCAGGCUGUACUGACUUAGCUAUCCCAGGGAUUGAAAUGCAGUACUCAUGUUUAGAAAGUGCUGAGUGACUAAAUCUGUAGUGUACCAAAAAUGGUGUGUUGAUGCCCCUCUUGCUAUAAGAAAAAGAACAAAAAAGAUUCAUGCGCAAAAUGCUUUGAAUAGUUGCUUUUUCUAGUGCCAAGUAUGUUUCCUAAUUAGGGAAAGUAUGGUAUUAGAACUAGCACAUAAUGUGGGAAUGCAAAAUGAAAUUAAUCCAAAACUGAUAGUCAAAAUAUAGACUCAUUAGCUAGCUAAUCUGUUUAGUGCGCAGUUAAGAAUGUGUGUUUUCCUGUGGGAAUAUUUUCCGAGUGCUGGUGUAAUUGAGAGCUUAUCAGAAGGACAUUGUCUCAUAUGUAUUACGAAAAUGGAGACCUCAUGGAGUCUGUAUGUGAAUAAAAUGGUUCCUUGUAGUUUGGGACAAACCUGCCUUCUGAGCUUGCUGGUGUAUUUGAACUUUCCAUUUUAGCUUGCAAAAUGCUUUUAUUCCCAGUUUUAUUAAAGUGAGCCACCCGUUGUUUCCCUGGUUCUUGAGUGGAAACUAAAAACAAAACAAAAACCCAGUCCCUUUAACAGUACAAUUUUUGAAUGGUAGUUUCUUGCUUUCCCACUUAAGCAUUAGUUAGGUCUCAAGAAGUAAGAAUGAAAGGUAUUGUUUAGGAUACUAAACAUCUUGUGUAGCUGUUUUUGGUUUUACUUAGGCGUUUCCAUAUAUAUCUGGUUUAGGUGAAGCUUUUAAAAAAAUGAUUACUCAGUUGAAACUAGUCACAACACUUCUGACCCUAUAUUUUUUAGAAUCAUAGGUUUGGAAGAGAUAAAAAUACUAAGUCCAAACCUACGCUCCAAGGCAUGACCCGUUCUUCAAAGAUUGGGCUAUUCAGGUCCAGGCCACAGUGUAGCAGAGACAGAGUAACAGCACUUGGGUGUAUUACAGAAAAGAGCUCUGGAUGACUCAAGCAAGUGAUUCAAGCUGCACACUGCAUGAAGAGGCAGCCCUGUAUAGGGAAGCUUUUGAGGUUUAACGUUUUACUAUGUUUUUAUAUAUGCUGGAAGCCGGCCUGAGUGGCAACCCUGUCAGGUGGACGGAAUAAUAAUAAUAAUAAUAACAACAACAAUAAUAAUAAUAUUUCCUAUUUCAUUUUUGAAUAAAAAGUUUUUAUUUGCAGAAGAUUACUAGAAAGAAGGUCGUGUGUAAGUAGAUGUAUUAUGGUGUGGCAUGUUAUUGCUACAUUAGUGAGAUAAUAGGCAAGCAUUUUACAUUUAGAAGUUGCAAGUAAGGGGAGUAAGUGUGCCGCCUUAUAACUCUUUAUAUGCAUCUUUGUGGAAUAUGCAGUUUGGUAAACUUUUUAUGUUGGCAGUAGUUUCAGAGCUGCACUUCUAAGCACAAUUCACUAAAUUGGUGGACUUCACAGCACAACUACAGUGAACUAAGUAUGAACAUUUAAAUAAAGUUCAUAUACUGGUACCUGUAAGAAUCGGCUGGUUCAACUAGUCUGGGCUGCAGCUGUUCCACCAUCUGUUCUGUCAGCUGCCUGGGCAGCUAAUGGGGUCACUUCCUCUAGAAAAGGACAAAGACCUUGUGCUCUUGUAGUGGUUACUGUAUUCUGCCAAUCAGAUGCAUUUGUUUUUUGGUAUGGCUGAACAGCAUGGACAGAGCCUCUCUGUAGCAGCUGAAGAGAUACUCUGCAGAAACUUGUUUCUCUUUGGAAAAGGAUGUGUAAGAAGGUAUAUGUAGAGCAAGGAUGAGGAACAUGUAGCUCUCCAGAUGUUGCUAAACUACAAACUACAAAAUGACCAAUUUGGGGGAAUGAUGGGAAUUGUAGUUCAACAUCGUUUUGAGAACCACAGGAUUUCUAUACCUAAUGUGGAGGGAAGUCAUCAAAAUAAACUCAUUCUUGACAGAGACUUGGAAAGUGUGAUUGGACCUAUAUUCAUAAAUCCACAAAGAAAUAAGAAUAAGCAUAUUCUGCCACCUCUCCAUCCUGAUGGAAACCAAUAAUUUUAUUUAUUUUUUGAAUAUGAUUUUUAUUGAUUAUCAUCCAUAACCAUAUCAUAUAUAUUUUACAUACAUUUUUACAUACACGUUUUCAUAUUUUCCUUUCUUUCCCACAAUACAUUCCUUACUUACAUUUUUUUCCUUUAUAUUUUGUCCAGCAUAUUUUCUUCUUACUUCCUUGUAUUUGACUUCCUUUCUUCCUUCACCUGUCUUUUUUACAGUCUACUUUCUCUGCACAUUACUAUUCCAUUUUAUUUUUCUUCCGUUUUCCAUGUAUUUUCUUAUCUUUAGUGACUAUUUCUUGUAUCCCUGAGUUUACCCACUUUGUAAGCUUAUUUGCUGUGCCACCAUUUUUCAACCUAUUUCUCUGUGUAAUCCAUGAAUUUUCUCCACUCCUUGUCAAAUUUCUCAUUACCCUGAUUUCUGAUUUUCCCUGUUAACUUAGCUAUUCCUGCAUAUUCCAUUACCGGUAGUUUUAUUUUCCACUCUUCUUCUGUUGGUAUAUCUUGUUGUUUCCAGAGUUGUGCUAGUAACAAUCUUGCACCUGUUGUUGCAUACAAAAAAAGUAUUUGGUCAUUUUUCUCAACAUCCUCAGCCACCAUUCCUAAAAGGAACACUUCUGGUCAUUUUUUAAAGGUGUAUUUAAAUAUCUUUUUUGGAAACCAAUAAUUUUAACAAUAAAAGAGGUAGAUUUUAGAUUGAUUGACAGAAGCAGCAGCUAAUGAAGUCUUCACAAACACAACUGCUCCCAGCUCCAUCCUCUAUUUACUUAACCAUUUGUGUCAGGCACUUUCAAGCUAUCAAAGUGUUUUGCGUCCAUUAUCUAUCUUGGAACCUUUACAACAGCCUUGUACUAUCCCUCAUAUUACUGAUGGGAGAACUGAGACAAAGAAAUGACUGAGACAAGAUUCCCACUGGGGCCUUCCCAGAGCCAUAGUUUAGUCUUGUGGCCGCUCUACUACACCAGCUCUCCUCUACCACUACUAUCCACUGGCCUUUUUUAGGCCUUGGAGCAGCAUUUGUUUGUAUAAGAGCCUGUUUGUUUCCCACUUUUCUGCAGCCGUUUCCCCCCCCCUCUGAUGGGGGGGGGGGAAGGCUGCUUAUCAAUUGCCACAGCAGAAGUUUCUGGGGAAUGUGUGGAAUGUUGGCAACAGGUGGGGACAGGCAGAUGUGCUUAUCUGUCACAACGUAUUUCACUGAGAGUAGUUUAUUUUUUAAAAAAAAAUCUGUGACUUCUGCAACAGAUUUCUAUACCCGUUGUCACUUAACAGCCGAUACAGAACUUAAAGGUGUGCACCUUCCUUGCUGUGGGAUUAACUGCAGAUUUCCUUUCUUCUUGAUUUGGCUUCAGAAUGCAGCUCUUAAGUGUUGGUCACUGCUCUGGCGGUAAUCUGGUUUGCAAGUGCUGUCGUACCAAGACCAGCAACAAUGAUUCUGGUGUGAAGGAUUGGUGACUACUCGCCUCUGUUUAGCUUGCUGGGCCCUGGGUCUCUUUUUCUGGCUGCAACAGAGUACUUGGCACGUGCUGAGAGAAUGACUCUUGGAUUUAUACAGCUGUCCCCAAUACUGGGGAGGACUUUGCUAGUGCUGAUGGUGACUACUACUGUUAAGUGCCAUUGGCCUAGUGAGGCCUCAGAAGUUGUACGGGACUGGGAAAACCAGUUAGAGGCCUCCAUGCAUUCGGUGCUUUCGGAUCUCCGAGAGAAUGUGCCAGCAGUGGUGGGGAUUCCUGACAGCUCUGCUGUAGUGGGUCGUUCCUUCAGAGUCACCAUCCCAACAGAACUAAUAGCUUCUAAUGGCGAAAUUAUCCAGAUUACCGAAGCUGGGAAAGAAACUUUGCCUUCUUGGUUGCAUUGGGAACCAGAGAGUAGCACCUUGGAAGGUCUCCCGCUGGAUACAGAUAAAGGCAUUCAUUAUAUCUCAGUGAAUUCAAUGCAUCUGGUAUCUAAUGGAAGCUACGUGCCCCAAACCACCAAUGUCUUUUCCAUUGAGGUUCACCCUGAAGAUCAUAAUGAACCUCAGUCGGUACGGGUGGCUUCACAAGAUGUGAAUGAAGUAGCACCGUUUGUGUGUAGCGCAGAGGAACCAGUCACUAUUUUGACUGUAAUUUUGGAUGCUGACUUAACAAAAAUGACACCAAAGCAGAGGAUUGAACUUUUAUACCGAAUGAAAACCUUCUCAGAAGUGGAACUUUAUAACAUGAAAUUGGUUCCCGUUGUAAAUAAUAGACUCUUUGACAUGUCAGCCUUCAUGGCUGGCCCAGGGAACGCAAAGAAAGUGGUGGAAAAUGGAGCCUUACUAUCUUGGAAACUAGGCUGUUCUUUGAGCCAGAAUAGUGUCCCAAACAUAAGCAAUGUUGAAUCUCCAGCUAAGGAAGGUACAAUGUCUGCCCAUCUUGGAUACCCUGUGGUUGGCUGGCACAUUGCGAACAAGAAGCCUAAUCUUCCAAAGAGAAUAAGGCGGCAGAUUAAUGCCACACCAACCCCUGUGACUGCUGUUGGACCUCCGACAACAGCCCUCCAAGAACCACCUAUUAGAAUUGUUCCAACUCCCACUUCCCCAGCCAUUGCACCUCCCACUGAAACAACAGCUCCUCCAGUAAGAGAGCCUGUUCCAUUGCCUAGGAAACCCACAGUUACUAUUAGAACAAGAGGUGCCAUUGUUCAGACACCAACCCUUGGACCAAUUCAGCCAACCAAAAUGAUAGAAGCAGCUUCUACUACCCCUGUCCAGAUCCGGCCAACAAUGACUGGGCAAGUUGAACCUACUGCAGUAGUUACACCGCCCACAACAAAGAAACCAAGAAGAACCACGCCAAAACCGUCCACACCAUCAACCACCGAUACAAGUACGACACGAAGAACUCCCAGACCCACCAAAAUUCCUCGACCUCCAAAGACUCCCGGGACUACUAAAUCGCCUUUCAUUCCACCAGAAAGAGUUUCACCACCAACUCGCAUACGCACCACUACAGUUGGAACUCCCCGUGUCCCCAAUGAUCCGCCAGAACUGAAAAACCAUAUUGACAGGGUGGAUGCAUGGGUGGGCACUUACUUUGAACUCAAGAUACCUUCAGACACUUUCUAUGACAAGGAAGAUACCACCACUGAUAAACUGCAGUUAACCAUGAAACUAGAAAAUGAGAAGCCGCUGGAAGAAAACUCGUGGGUGCAGUUCAAUAGCACUAGUCAGCUAAUGUAUGGACUACCCAAUCGCACACACUCAGGCAGGCAUGAAUUUUUCAUGCAUGCCACAGACAAAGGGGGCCUUUCAACAGCGGAUGCAUUUGAAAUAUUUGUCCAUGGUCUUGGAGCCGACGAGGUGCCUCCCGUUAAAUUUAAAGCCGAAUUAGAGGGAGACUAUACUACAGUUGUCAAUGACAUUCAUAAGAAAAUUUUGUUGGUGAAGAAGUUGGCUUUUGCCCUCGGAGACAGAAACAGUAGCACUAUUACCAUAGAAAACAUUGUCAACGGCUCCAUUGUAGUUGAGUGGACAAACAAUACUCUGCCUUUGGAUCCAUGCCCCAAAGAGAUGAUUCGCACCAUGAGCAGAAAAAUUGCUGAUAAUUCUGGCAAGCCGAGCCACGCUUUCAAGAAUGCCUUAGCGCCAGAGUUCCCGGCUAAGAACAUUUCCGUUAUUGGUGCUGGUAGCUGCAGACACAUUCAGUUCGUUCCUUUCUCUAGAGAAGGACUUCCCACAAUGGCAACGCCUACAGUUGUGCUUCCGCGGGAUCCAGAAAAGACGAGUGAAGACGAUGUGUACCUCCACACGGUCAUCCCCGCUGUGGUGGUGGCAGCAAUUCUGCUGAUUGCUGGGAUCAUCGCUAUGAUUUGCUAUCGCAAGAAGAGAAAAGGCAAGCUCACCAUAGAAGACCAAGCCACCUUUAUCAAGAAGGGAGUGCCCAUCAUCUUUGCCGACGAGCUGGAUGACUCCAAGCCUCCCCCUUCCUCCAGCAUGCCGCUGAUUCUACAGGAGGAGAAAGCCCCUCUCCCGCCCCCAGAGUACCCAAACCAGAAUAUGCCAGAAACCACCCCGCUCAACCAAGACACCAUAGGAGAGUACACGCCACUGCGAGACGAAGACCCCAACGCACCGCCCUACCAGCCACCCCCUCCCUUUACAGCACCCAUGGAGGGCAAAGGCUCCCGUCCGAAGAACAUGACCCCAUACAGGUCUCCACCUCCUUACGUCCCCCCUUAAUGAACAAGAGGCGCUUGCGGAGAUGGGGCCUAUAGUUCCACACCAGUGUUGUCUGUAGGGGUCGGUGGCCUGCGAAUCCGUUACCAAUUAGGAAACCAACAUACAUAAGCUCAAACGUAGCCCGGUCCCGGCAGGCCCUCUCUCCGAAUGCGUUUGCGACACCACAGUGCUUGUGGAAUUUUCGGGACACUGAUUUUAUUUUUGCCUAACAGCUUUUGUUUUGUUUAUUCAUAGAGGGGGGGGAAUCUACUUGGCUCCAAAAGUAUUUCUGACAGCAGGCGUCUCGAAGCAUCUUGUGCAAAGGGAGAAUGGCUGGACAUGCAGGCAGCGCUAGGGGUGGCACGCUGGGUCUCUGCUGUUUGCCUUUAAAACUAACUGUACUGUUUUUUCUAUUUCACGUGUGUCUAGCUACAGGGCAUAACAUGAAACGUAGCCUAAAAAUAUAAAACCGGAGGACUUUCUGAGGUCAACGUUAAGUUUUUACAUUUAAUUGCUGUUACCUAAACUUGUAUGUAUAGAAUGGGGAGGGGGAGGGGAAAUGCUUUACUACAAAUAAGCUCCAGGGGUGUUUCCAAUGCCAGUCAGGCUGAGGGACCGUCUUUUUUAAUCAAAGGAAUCCUAUUUUUUCACACAUUAUACAGUUCAGUCAUCAGCUGGGGUCCUUUUUGCAAACUGUAGAGUGAGCUCUUGUUGCUCCAGCCUGCCAUUGCUGGACUGAUGCCAUGCCGAUAGUCGUAGGUUUCUGAAAAAAGGAUGGAGUUUGGAAAGCUCUUUGCAAUUACCAAAGAGAGAGGGGGGUGUUGAAUCUAGCUAUGUAGCAGCAUUUGCUGCCUUUUGGAAACCGGGGCCCCAACAGUGGUAGCUGCAGGCUGAAAGGGUCAUGGUGCUGCGCUGAGAUUUUUCAUCUGGAAGGCAUCCUUUGGCUUUCGAAACACUCUUGAGAUAUUUUGGUGAAGAUGCAAUAUUUUUAUGUAGUGUAAUGCAGUUUCCUCACAUCAAGACUCCUCCUGGACCACAGAAUUGGAACAGUCCCCCCCCCCCAAAUCACUCACUGCUGUCCUCUGCACACACAGACGCAAUAGUAGCUGUCUGGCGGUUGGCAAAAUGAAAUUAAAAAAAAAACCUGCGCGCCAGAAAUAGUUCAUAGCAAAAAUCAGUGAACUCUCAGCUCUAAUUUUUUACUAAAUUUUUGAUACAGCCUCAAAUUGUUUUAUUAAAAAAAGUGAUUAAAAAUGGUAAUGCUGCCAGCAGUUUGUAUGAGCUUAGCUUCUUAGUAUCAAUUCAACGGGACUGACUGCUUUGCUCAUUUUGGAUUUCCCCCCCUUUCUUUUUGGUCUCUCAUAGUCAUUGUUUUUAAAUAUUAGAGCCAUGUUUAGGUUUCUUGCCUUUUUAAAAAAUGAACUUCCACAUGUCUCUCCUGGGAAGUUGGAGUGACCGUCAAGGUCACCCCCAUGCCUUUCCCCCCUUUCAACAAAAUGAUUUUAAGCAUGAGUUAUUAAUUUUUUCUUGUCCAUUUGAGACUAUUUUUGGUACAUUAGAGGGAGGAAAAGCCCUUUGCAAUAAUUAGUCCAUCCCCUGGCUGGGGGCUGGGCAGCCUCUGGCUGACUUUGCACACAAAGCAGACACUUUUAAGCCAUAUUGACUGUUUUGCAAAGUAUGAUGGUGUGCUGACAUGGCCAGUUAACACACUAGUGGAUGAAUGGCUAAAAUGACCUUCACCUCUGAACUUGCUAGGGUGGCAUUUCCCAUCAAGCCUUUUUUUGACUACUUGAAUAGGAUUUUGUCUAUUAAAACAAAUGUUAAUUUGACUAUGGCCCCAUAUAGUUCUGCACUCUGCUUCUGCCCCCUGAGGUGGGCUGGAGGGGUUUGUGUUGAAGUGAGGGUGACUGUAAAGAAUGCUUCAGGUUUAGCCUUUGUCUAGUUUGACAGGUAUAGAUUUGCCCUACAAAGUUUUUUUUCCCCUUUAAAAAAACCCUCUAUCCCUUCAGUGCUUGAAAGUUGGUGUGUGUCUCAGAUGAGGAGAGGUGAUGGAAUCUGCUCCUCACACAGGAGAGCUGGUUGAAGGGAAAGGAAUUAAGUGGCACCACUGCUUUUGAACAGACACUAGGAAUACGUUUAUAAGAAUGCCUCCCCCCACAAGCUAGCGACCAUGGCAGCACAGUGCCAAAAUCUAUACUGGCAGGCCUGCAUUUCAGAUGUCUCCAAGUUAUCAACACACACAGCCUCCUAAGCCCAAAUGCUGCAAGUUAGAAGGGCCUUCCAAACAGUGCCGUUGUCCCUAGCAACUGAUGCCACUUUAUAAUGGUCAUGCGCAAGCGCAAACGGUUUCAGGCCUGGGCCUACCUGUCACCAUAGAAACUGGAGGCGAAGGGGCAGUGAACAGAAUAAUAACAAUGGCAUUCUCAUCAGCCGCCUUCCCCCUAAGCACCAGUGCUGUUUAUUUAUACCACUAGACACUGUAAUGGUGGGAGAAAAUCUUGUAUUAAAAGUGUUCACCAACCACUGAUGUGUUUUUAUGUCCUUAUAUAAUUAUUUUAAAAAUGUGUUUUCUGCAUUCUGUAAAGAAACAUAUCAACUAAAUAAACCAGUGUACUUUACUACAAA